AUGCAGAAGGUAAUUUACGUUAUGGCUGUGUUAGCACUGUGUGCUGCACGCCCAGAACCACCAGUGAAUUCAUAUCUACCACCAGGACAAGGGGGUAGUUUAGGUGGCGGGCCCGGUGGUGGCUUUGGAGGUGGUCCAGGAGGAAGUAGUGGACCUGGUGGUUCGUUAUCAGGUACUUAUGGCCCUCCAGGAUUCGGCGGAAGUAACAACGGAGCUGGUGGUACUGGUGGAGGCCCUGGCGGCCUUGGUGGUGGUAGCGGUGGGAGACCAUCGGAUCAGUAUGGCCCACCAGGAAGUAGAAACGGUGGAUUCGGAGGUGGUGGUCCAGGAUCGGGAAGUGGUGGAGCCCUAGGAGGAGCUGGUGGUAAUCCAUCAAGCACAUAUGGGGCUCCAGGAAGUGGAAGUGGUGGUUUUGGAAGUGGUGGUAGCCCAUCAGGUACAUAUGGCGCUCCAGGAAGUGGGGGUUUUGGAAGUGGUGGUGGUAGCCCAUCAAGCACAUAUGGAGCUCCAGGAAGUGGAGGUUUCGGAAGUGGAGCAGGUGGUAGUCCAUCGAGUACGUAUGGACCUCCAGGUGGUAGAAAUGGUGGAUUUGGAGGUAGUGGUCCAGGAUCCGGAAGAAAUGGCUUUGGAAGUGGUGGUCCAGGGUCAGGAAGUGGAGGCGCACUUGGAGGAGCAAACGGGGGCCCAUCAAGUACAUAUGGGGCUCCCGGAAGUGGUGGUUUCGGAAGUGGUGGACCAGGAUCUGGAAGUGGUGGGGCUCUUGGAGGAGCUGGUGGUAGCCCAUCAGGUACAUAUGGCGCUCCAGGAAGUGGUAGCGGUGGUUUUGGAAGUGGCGGUCCAGGAUCUGGAAACGGUGGAGCACUUGGUGGAGCAGGUGGUAGCCCAUCAAGUACAUAUGGCGCUCCAGGAAGUGGGGGCCCAGGAAGUAGGAACGGUGGAUUCGGAGGUGGUGGUCCAGGAUCGGGAAGUGGUGGAUCACUUGGAGGAGCAGGUGGUAGCCCAUCAAGCACAUAUGGAGCUCCAGGAAGUGGAAGUGGUGGUUUUGGAAGUGGUGGUCCAGGAUCUGGAAGUGGUGGAGCACUUGGAGGGGCGGGUGGUAGCCCGUCUGGUACAUAUGGCGCUCCAGGAAGUGGAAAUGGUGGUUUUGGAAGUGGUGGUCCAGGGUCAGCUUCUGCUGGUCAAGGUGCACCAGGAGCUGGUGGAAGUGGACUUGGUUCAGGGUCAGGUGGUAGUGAUGGAUUGCAAGACAGUUAUGGACCACCACCUUCCGGAGCAGUUGGUGGAGAUGGGUUCGAUGAUGGAAGCAAUGACCAGGCGAAGUACGAAUUUUCUUACGAAGUGAGAGACGCCCAAUCAGGUAGUAAUUUCGGACAUUCAGAAAUGCGUGAUGGUGAUCGUGCUCAGGGCGAAUUUAAUGUUCUCCUGCCGGAUGGCAGGAAACAAAUUGUAGAAUAUGAAGCCGAUCAAGCGGGGUAUAGACCAUCAAUCCGUUACGAAGGCGAAGCUAAUACUGGAGCUGGAGGCCUAGGCAAUGGAGCUGGAGGUCUUGGAGGUGGAUCAGGUGGUCUUGGAGGCGGCGCUGGUUUAGGAGGAGGACCUGGUGGUUUAGGAGGUGGUGGUGGAUACCCAUCGGGUGGCUCGGGGAAUUCUGAUAAUAGGGCUGACAAUGCGGAUUACUCAACAGGAGGACCGGGCGGCCGAGGAGGUGGAUUCGGACCCGGUGGAGCAGCUGGUGGAGGCGCUGGAGGUUAUCCAUCAGGUGGGCCAGGCUCUGGAUUUGGUGGUGGCCCAGGCGGUAACAGCGGAGGACCAGGAGGUCUAGGAAGUGGAUUCGGACCUGGUGGAGCAGCUGGUGGAGGUGCUGGUGGUUAUCCAUCAGGAGGACCAGGCUCUGGAUUUGGUGGUGGUCCAGGUGGUAGCAAUGGAGGACCAGGCGGCCGAGGUAAUGGUUUCGGACCCGGUGGAGCAUCUGGUGGAGGUGCUGGUGGCUAUCCAUCAGGAGGACCAGGUUCUGGAUUUGGUGGUGGUCCCGGUGGUAGCAGUGGUGGACCAGGUGGCCGAGGAGGUGGACUUGGUGGAGCAGCUGGUGGUGGUGCUGGUGGCUAUCCAUCAGGAGGACCAGGCUCUGGAUUUGGUGGUGGUCCAGGUGGUAGCAACGGAGGACCGAGUGGUCGAGGAGGUGGACUUGGUGGAGCAGCUGGUGGUGGUGCUGGUGGCUAUCCAUCUGGAGGACCUGGAUCUGGAUUUGGUGGGGGACCUGGUGGUAGCAGCGCAGACAAUACGGAUUACUCAACAGGAGGCUCAGGCAGUCUAGGAGGUGGAUUUGGGCCUGGUGGUGCAGCUGGUGGAGGUGCUGGUGGCUAUCCAUCAGGAGGACCAGGCUCUGGAUUUGGCGGUGGUCCAAGCGGAGGACCAGGCGGCCGAGGUAAUGGUUUCGGACCUGGUGGAGCAUCUGGUGGAGGUGCUGGUGGCUAUCCAUCAGGAGGACCAGGUUCUGGAUUUGGUGGCGGUCCCGGCGGUAGCAGCGGUGGACCAGGUGGCCGAGGAGGUGGACUCGGUGGAGCAGCUGGUGGUGGUGCUGGUGGCUAUCCAUCAGGUGGACCAGGCUCUGGAUUUGGUGGUGGUCCAGGUGGUAGUAGCGGUGGACCCGGCGGCCGAGGAAGUGGAUUCGGACCUGGUGGAGGUGCUGGUGGUUAUCCAUCAGGCGGUCCAGGCUCUGGAUUUGGUGGUGGUCCAGGCUCUGGAUUUGGUGGUGGCCCGGGUUCUGGAUUUGGAGGUGGUCCAGGCGGUAGCAAUGGAUACCCAUCGGGUGGUCCAGGCAGCGGAGGUUUCGGUCCUGGCGGUGGUCGCGGAAGUAGUGGUGGCUUCCGUGACGGCAGUGGUGGCGAUGCGGCGGCGAAUGGUGGAUAUCAAUACUAA